GGGUCGUGGGUUCGAGCCCCACGUUGGGCGGUCGUUAUUUUUUGUUUUCGGAAAUUUAGCCUCAGCAACUAAAGUUUCCCCACACACUGACUGACCUUUUGUUAUUUUAUGUUGUUGAAUGUUAAAGUCUACCUUAAUAACGCUUGUUAUUUUCUGUUCCUUCAUUAUAUAUUGAAACUGCUGUAUUUCCUGCCACCAGGGCCUGAUUUGCAAGGAUGUGGGGCUUUGGGCUGGUGCCAGUUUUGGUGCCCUAUACACUAAACUCGGUGCCCUGGUCCGUGGCGUUGAAGGACAGUUCUGUGCUCUGGGCUCUUUUUGUGGAUCUGUGCUUGCUGGCUCUCUUCGUUGCCCAGCACAGCCUGAUGGCCUGGGCUCCGGUCAAACGGGCCCUGCAGUCGGUGUUGGGGGCCUUGAACAGGACAGCUUACUGCUUCACUACUGCGCUCGCCCUCCAGAUGUUGAUGCUUCACUGGCAGCCAGUGACUGGCGCCCCCUGUCUGUGGUCAGUGCGCCAUGCACCCUGGAGCGUCUGGUUUCCUGUGCUCUGCUUUGCGUUGCACUUCCUCUGCUGGGCCAUCAUCUGCAGCAUCCUCGUUAUUUUUGAUUAUCCAGAACUGCUGGGUAUUAAACAGGUGUAUUAUGAGUGCCUGGGUUUGGGGGACCCUUGGUCCCAGAAGCCAGCCCCGGAUCAGCGCCUGCUGUCCCACCUCCGCCACCCCGUCUGCCUGGAGCUGGCCGUCAUCCUGUGGCUGCUGCCGGCCUUUUCCCUGGACAGGCUGCUGCUGGCCGGCACGCUGUCGGCCUACGUGGGCCUGGCGCACUCUCUGGACAAACAGGAUUUAGCCUACCUCUGCGCUCAGCUUAAAGGCAAAGUGUGGCUCUUAGCGGAGCCGCAGCGAGGCGGCGUGGAGCAGAACAGCAGCAGCCACAAGGAAAAGGAGGGUUGAAGGGAUCCAAAGUACAACUACUACUGACAUGUUUGUGUUUACCACAUGCUAGGUUUUUAAAAGGUGAAUGAUUCUUGAAAAACUGUCUUAAUGACAUUUCAUGCUGUAUAUUACUGCUGGAUAAAAGAAGAGGAGAAAGUCUGGGUGCAUUUCUGAUACUAUGAAUAUAUUUCUCUGACUUGAACAGACUGAGUUAAAACUUCAUGUCUUGAUAACACAGGGUGACCAGUGCUUUUGUCUACUUGCAGUUCACAGUGCUGUAAUAAUUUUAUUUAGACCACAAUUGUCAAACUCAUGGCACAUGGGCCAAAUCUGGGCCACAGUAGCCAUUUAUGUGGCCCUCCAGUCUCUAGAGGGCCACAAAAACAAAACUUCAAGAAAUCAAAUUAGGAUUAUUUUUGUAUAAAUCAAUGUGAAAAGAUGUUAAGUGUUAAUUAGUUUUAAGAGCCACUCAUUGAAUACGCUGUGGGUUUUUUUAUAAGAACAGUCUGCCAGAAAGAAACUCAUAAUCCUAAAUUAGAGAACCACAAUCAUAACUUUCAGUAUUUUUGUACACUACAUUAAAUACAUUAACCUUG